UAUUCGUAAGAAAAAAUUAUGAAACUUUAUUAUUAAUUCAAACUAUAAAGUAUAAUUUAUCGAUAUCUUUUUCCAUUGAUGCUCUUCGUGAUUGCACUAAGCGCUACAUUUUUAUUAAUAACAAUCUCUUAUAUAAAAAUUUUAUAUAAUAUUUUUUAUAAUAUGAAAAAUAAAUCUUGGAACCGACGUCACGUUUUUGAAAGAUAUCCGUAAAUAUGAUGGAAACUGUCAAUUGAUAACGGAAUUUUGAUGUCCGUAAUUUGACACACAGUUGUAUAAUUAACUCUUUGACGAUUGCUGGUUAAAGUGGAGAAUGAAGAUAUUGUUUGUCUUAAUAUCGUUGGUUCAAUUUGACGUCUUGAAACAAUUAUAAUUUUAGCAUCUGGCCUGUUAUUACCUGUUUAUUACGCUUCGUUAGUCACUAAUUACCGUUGACUUAGCAUGCAAAAUAGUUCACUACGUUGAACAAUACGUUUUACGGUUUCGCCGCGGUAUAAAUGCGAAUAUGCAUCUCACGCCACGCCUAUUUUGCAACGCGCGAGUGCACAAAACAAAGGAAAGAGUGUAAGAAUAGGAACUCAUGGGUGCGAGAUGGUGGGCUGAUUUAUUGCCGAAAUUGACUAUUCAUCUCUUUCAGCAGAGCCUCCGGCUGAAAAAACUCACGCGAUCGUUAGACCGUGCGGCAGAAACCGCCCGUCGUUUGACUUAAGAAAAAAAAGUUAUCUCCGUCAGUCGUCAAAGAGUUAGCAGCGGAUCCACAAUGGAAAUCCGAGAAACCCAGCGGGAGAGAAAUCCCUCUCUCUUAUUCAGACCGUAUUACAGUCGUACUUGGAACGGAACUGAAACUCCCGGCACGAAAAUUAACGCUAAGAAGGAUUGGAUGUUGACAAUUCUAUUUACAGGAAACGAGGAGUGUCAAGAUUGAGAGGUCUAUCUGUACACAAAAGAAAACAGAUACUAAGAAAAAUUUUUCUUUUGCGAUUUGCAACGCUCAUAUUGUUCGAAAGUUUAUGAAUACUGCAGAGUUUAAACUGCUGCUUAAAGGAUUCGUCAAUGUAGGCGUAGCCAGGAAGAUGCAAGGUGUAUUUUUGCAAUCAACUAGCGUGACUCUCUGCACAUUAUUAUACUUGCAGGAUUCUUUGCAAAAUAUAGUUUCUCAUUUAGUUUGAAGUGCACUUUGAUAAUAACUUGUCAUUCGAAAAAAAGGAUGAAAGAAUUCCACAAAUUAUUUUCAAAACUAAAGUAUUCUAUGCGUUAUAAUAAAUUAAAAAAAAAUAUCAUAUGUGUUAAUGUAAAAUUAUUCGUAGCAGACGCGAACAACAUGAAAUUGGCAACUUAAUCCUAAAUUUAACUCCUGACUACGCCUCGUUUGAUGACUAAAAUAAGCGGUUUCGGUUUCAAUUAUUCUCCGAUGCGCAAAUUUACUUUCUCCGAGAAUCACGCGCGACAUAAUUUAGUAACUGGCUUUUUACACAGAUAAGUUUUACAAGCGUAAAUCGAUAUUUUUCAAAUCUCGCGACACAUUGCGGCAAUCAUCAUUCAUAAAAGAAAUGCAUCGGAGAAUUACAGAAGUGCAUCUCGCCAAAUUUCCAUCGACGAAUACUGACGAACGCGAUCCAAGGGGAGCGUAGACGUUGAAUGUGAAAAACGGGUUCCGGGAAUGAGAGAACGGCCGUACAAAAGAGAUUUAAUUGGCACUGGCCGUGGAUCAUCGUAUGUGCGACGCGAAUGUCGCGCGUGUUGCUCGCUCACUCGUGCACGAGCGACAGCGUGAGUCAUCGAUUGACGACCGUAAAAGCGAGCGGCACUUGGCACGGGAGUCUCUCGAUGUUUAAUUCUCGUUAUCCGUCCUUUCAUCUACUCUCGUUUUAUCCCGUUUCUGUCUCUUUGCUUUUCAUUUCUGCGACAGCGAUUGCAUUAACCGCCGUUCAGUGGUGGAUUUAGGCUUAGAUCCGUAAAGCGUACGACCGCGACGUCACCACUCUCGAUUAAGCCAAUACCGUCCCCUUCGAUCGCGAUAUGAAAGGCGGCGGAAAAAGAAACGAAAGAAACCGACGAUAAAUAUAAAACAAUUUUCACCAAAAUAUUAAUUAUAUUUUGCAAAAGCAUGAUUUAUUCAAGCUGCGUAUAUGAAAAUUUUCAAAAUUUAUCCUUGAAAAUAUAUACAAAAAAUAUUUUAGCGGGUCUUGUGUGUGUUUCGAGAAGAAAUCUGGUUCUUUUAUCGCUCAUAUCGCGAGUCUUGUGUACUUUUUGGAAUAAAAUGUGGCUUUUGUGUCGCGAAUAAAUCCUUCGAGCGAUUAUUCGAAGAUUUAUCAAAAUCUAAACUCAUAAAUCCGUCACUGAAUCUGUCUUCGCGAUUGUGUGUAAUAUUACUCGCGCGCACACACUGUCACGCGCGGACACGUGUAAUCCGGGGAAUGGAGUUUUCCGCUGCGGCAAAUUUUGUCUCUCCCCGUUGAAUCGCGCGCGAUCAUCUUCGUCGGAGAGCACAGACGGGCGGAGAUAUUCGCACACACAACAUUCUUUGUCCGUAAGCUCCUGUUCGCCGACGCGCCCUCACGUCGAGGAGGGCGUUGAGAGGUCGAGGUCGACGCGCUCUGAUAAUAAAUGAUGUUUUAUCUGUCGUGCGAUGCCCGGCAUAUAGCAUGCUGAUGGAGGGAAGCGGAGGGAGAGAAAUUGUAAUGCGACGAGGCGUCAAUCUGCUUUUUCAUUCGCGCAGGGUGCGACAAAUCAUGUUGAGGCCGCACCGCCUGGUCGUUAACACGAGUACGCAGAAAGCUUCGACGAGACGUCGAUGGACAGCUGCAUAUUGGCUACCGUCGACGAGGGACGCCGUGUCAGUGACUUGUCGGGCGAGCUGGUAAAGGACAGUAACGAGGUGGAAGUGACGUCACUGGAGGAAGCUAAAUCGGUCAUAGCGGCACUUAGGGCGAGACAACGGGCGCAGGCCCACCAAAUGCUCGCCUGGCGAAGGACCCUCAAAUUGCAGGAGGAGCUGGUGACUCGAUUAACGCGAGAGAAGGCCGAGCAGUUGCGGACGUUGUCGUCGCAGCUUCUGCUGUUCGAGUCGAGACUCUGCAGGAAGCAGAAGGAGAUCGAGGCCAGUUUGAGUCAGCGGGAAUCCAUUAUUCUACGGCAACAAAGAGUGAUUCGGCAAUUGCAGAGUAGAUUGGCGGAAAGGAGCACGGGUACCAGAGACUCGCCGCCCUGCGACGCCCUGGACAGAUUGGACAGUUUGGGAGAUAGCGAUAGCGCCGUGGUGCUCGAGGAAACCGCUGACGAUCCUGCCCCGCCGAGGUUUCGCUCCAACAUUACUGACGUAACUGUGAUUCGUUCCGUAUCCGAUGCGGUGGAGCCAUCAAACAAAUAUUCGUCAAUGCGACGGUGCAAUGGCUUUCUUAGAAGACCGGAGAUCCUGGAAACCGUGUAUUCCGUAGAGGAAGACGGCGACAGCGAGAAUAAUCAGGAUCCAUCCGAGUCAACGGAGAACUCGGAGUAUGAGGACAGGAGGGCGAAAAGCUUGGGCAACGGAAAAGGCAGACUCCAGGAUCUUUACGGUAGCUUCGAGAGGCUGACUCAAGAAACGGAUUCCCCGCCCAGCGAAAGGCCUAGAGACGAAAGCCAGCAGGCGCAGGUGACAUAUAAUAGGGUAAUGAGCAACCACAGAUCCGUGACGAAGCCAAAAGAUGUGAAGUACAAGAGGAUAAACAAGGCAAAAUCGAAAAGUUUGGAAGAACUCAGAGGACGUCUUAGAAAUUGGGUUGAGAAGGGAAAUAAAAUAGCUAUAUCGUUGGAUCAGUCAUAUGCCUGAGCUUACUAUCUAGUAUGAAAGUAUAUAAAUUAUUACUUUACAAACAAGAGCAUAACGACUGUCGUCAAAUAUAUACCGCCUGAUACUUCAAUUCCAUUCGUAAGAUCCAUAGCUAAGGAAUGGACUUUUAUCUUUGGUAAAGUCGCUAUGAUGUAUUUAAUUGAAAUAUCAUUGCUCCAUGUGAUAUUUACUGUAGUGUAUCUUCACAUUAAUUAUGCACUUAGGUCAGAGAUGAACGAUUUGUGAGACUUGUGAUAUGAUUUUACUGUAUACAAAGGAAGCUAGGGAGAAUUAAUUGUCUGGUGAUGAAAAGAUUAAACCCUUAAGUGCCAUGGUAAAAAUUUAUAACAUUUGUAUCGAGUACUAAUUUCAUUAAUAUAUGAUUGUUUUCAAAAAAUACUGUAAGA